CGUAGCGUACGUAAUGGUGGCUGUAUGGUGGCUGCUUGCGUAAAGUGAUCAUUGCUGACAACUUUUGACAAAAAUUUACGGAAAACUUAUAGAAACUAACAAGGGAACUGGAUAAAUAAUCAAGCAGGAUGAGUGUGUCACGGGUGGCGUGCUGCUUCAUCUGCAGCGCCAGCACGCGUGACGCGAACACCAUCAGCCUCAUUCAAGACACGAGUAACCUGCAGUCCGGGAAGAAGCUUCUAGACAUUGUGAGUGAGAUAGCAGAGAAGCCGCUGAAAGAGGAAGACAUACAUUCUACUGUGCUAUGCAAGAAAUGCAGUCAGACGUGCAAGGAGUAUGAUGACCUGCAAGUGCGACUAAAGUUAAUCAAGACGGAGCUCCAUGGACAAAUAAACAAGAACAAUGAGAGUCCCACCAAGCCCGAGGCCAAGAAAGUUGUCCUGCCCGCUUCGAAGCUGCACCCAUUGCCUCCAGACUUUGUUCUCAAUGUUGGUCGCUUACCUGGAGUACAGAAGGUAACAACUAUACCAUCAAAACUAAGUCUCAAAGUCACCGUAGGCACCUCCGUUCUCACACAAAGCAUCAAAACUACCUCCGCGCUGGCCAAAAACAUUGUCAUACAGAAGACUCUGCCCAAGACGGAGCCCCAACCACAGAGCGAAGACCUGGUGUUUGAAGAAACGAAGGAUUUUAUAUCAUCUGUGGUGCUGCAGAGGAUUGAAGAUGGGAAUAAUGAUGAUCAUCCUAUGGAGAUUGAUGAAGACUGCUCAUACGCUAUAGUAACUCAAGAAGAUGGCACAAGCGAAGUAAGAGAAAAGAAGUCAGGCGAGCAAUCAUCAUCAUACGUGCUCCAAAAGUCCGGUGAUCAGUCAAUGUUUGACGUCAGCCUGUUAUCCUCUCUAGAAGACAGCGGAGGGGAAAACGAGGCCGAAGCCAGCACGGACCAGUAUAUAGUCGGGAAAUUGGAGAUACUGAGCGAGAGGGAAGAUGAAGAUGAUGAGGAGCAAACAAUAGUGAUGUCUGAGGAAAACUCCAUAUUCCGAGUGGUGUCGGGGCAGAAGCUUGUGUACAGUGAAUCCGGGCUCGAGCUGCUUAGUGAAGACGCUGACACGCAAGCGGACAGUCAAGAUGACGAAGAUUCACAAAUAGAACUUCAAGUAUCUGGGGACGAGGAAACUGCAAAUGCUAUUAUUGCUGCGGCACGGGAGCAAGGUGGUGCGUUUAUAAAAGUGCAGUCGGGAGAGAUGUAUCGCGUCAAGUCAGUGCAGAGCAAACCUAAGGAAGAGGAAGAAACGGACUUCACAGAUCAUUUGCAGAUUGUGGUGAAGGAAGAUGGCGUAUUUAACUGCGUGCUGUGCAGAAAAAAUAAAGCUAAAGGGGCCCGCACCGGGCGCUGCGCCGGCGACGCGGAGUUCAUAAUGCGGCACAUGCGCAGCCAGCACGCCGCGCGCGUGUACAUCUGCCGCACGUGCGGCCGCGUGCUGCGCCGCCGCGACCACUACAUCGCGCACGUCGCUAAACAUGCGAAAGAAAAUUCGAGCACAGACAAGAGUAAAUUUCACGAAUGCGACACUUGCCAUAAGAAAUACAGUUCCAAAACCCUACUAGUGGAACAUAUGAACUUGCACAACGGCCAGCGUCCCUACACAUGCCACAUUUGCCACAAGAGCUUCGCCUCCAAAUACACGCACCAGUCGCACCUCAAGACGCAUUUGGACCGGCCUCGACCGUUCAAAUGCGCGGCGUGCGGCAAAUGUUUCUUCACACUGCAGAACCUCAAUCAACAUCACAAAACUCACUCCGGGCUCAAAGAGUUCGAGUGUAACAUUUGUGGUAAAGCGUUCGGCACACAGCACAACUUGGAAAUGCACGGUGUAGUACACUCGGGGCAGAAGCCCUUCGUGUGCGGAGUCUGCGGGAAAGCCUUCGCUCGGCGUGCUGAGGUUAAAGACCAUAUGCGGAUACAUACUGGCGAGCGUCCAUUUGCGUGUGACGUAUGCGGGGCAACCUUCUCUCAGCGCUCGAACCUGCACUCGCACAAGCGCGCCACUCAUUACGACGACAAGCGCUACAAGUGUGACCAGUGCCCUAAACGAUUUAAGAGACGAAGGUUAUUAGACUACCACAUCAAGGCAUCUCAUACGGGAGAGCGCCCUCUAAAGUGUGAAAUUUGCAAAGCCACCUUCGUGUACCCGGAGCACUACAAGAAACACGCCAGGAUACACAGCGGGGAGAAACCUUACGUCUGCGAGGUAUGCGGCAAGUCCUUCAACUCUCGCGACAACCGCAAUACGCACCGUUUUGUGCACAGUGAUAAGAAGCCGUACGAAUGCUUAGUUUGUGGCGCCGGCUAUAUGAGGAAACGGCUGCUAUACUCACAUAUGAACACACAGGGUCACUUAGCGGAGUCGAUCGUGGUGAACCAGCCGCGCGUCACCAUACAGCGCGUCGCUGGCGCCGCGCCCGCCGACAACGUUUACGAGUCUACAGAAGAGUUAGAACUAGAAAGUGAAGGAACGGCGAAAGACGGCGAGAGCCAAGGCGCGGUGUAUAUCGGUGAUAAGAAGUACAUCCUCCAGGGCGGGAAGACCUCGCUCAACUUGGUGCAGGAGACAGACGAUAUUCUCACUUAUAAUUUGGAGGGAGCUUUGAAGACUGAAUCUAAUUUCCUCGAGGCGGUUACUGCAGAGCAGUUGGGAGAGGUAGAAUCACAGUUGAGUGGCGACGGCGGCGGCGCGGUGCGCGUGGUGCAGAUCACGCUGCCCGACGGCAACAACGGCUGGGUCGCCAUCAACCCCUGAGCACUGUUCCCGCCGUACUACAGCCGGGCCAGACACCAAGUGAUACACGAAACCAUCUAAAAUCUGUGUAAACAUGCUCGGCCACAUAUUCGAAAGCGUAGGAGCGUUAGCGGAGCGCAAUGAUAGCGGUGCGCCGGACGAACGCUGGCGGGAACUUAAGAUCUCUCUAAUCAUUUCGUCACGGAAUCGGCUUUCGCUGACCAAAAAUCGCUCCCUAAUAUGACAUGCGUACGCAUGCGUUCAGCGGCGAUGGCGCGUAAGCGUCUUCAUAGUAUCGAGAGAAUUUUGGUCUGCGCCAAUGAGGAGGCACACUGACAUUUUAUGCUGCCAGGCGGCGCCUGUGCAAGUGUCUAGGCAUGUCACUGUCAUUCAUAUGUGUGUGAGAGAGAGAAAAAACAUAUCUUCUCGCUCUCACGUAAUAGACUAAUAGGGUGACGCCAUCUGUCAUAACCUUUGAGUGUGCCUUCUCAUUCCGCGUCAUGUUUGGGGUAACCCUAAGAAUACUACGAAAAAACCCUAAGAAUACUAAGAAAUAAAGCCAGGAAUUUAAUAUCUGUAAAAAAUGAAUGUAAAUUGUUUUUAGUGUUUCUUAGCUUUACUUUAUUGUAAAUCGCUAUUUACCAAAACCAUAAUGUGAUUAAUAAAUCGUUAUUCAUUUAAACAAUACGCUUAACCUGUAAAUAUAUAACGCACAAAAUGAAGUAAGUAAUAGUAGAAGUUUUAGACAAAAUACAGUUGUUAUUACCAGAGAUCGGACGGAUUUGCGACAUUCUUAGUGACUUACGUCAUUUUAAUGACUUUUAGUAUGAGAUGACGCAAAAAAAUCCGAUCUCUGGUUAUUACAAACAUACUUGUUUUACAACCAUAGGGUAUAAUGCCAAAUGCCAAUAACUAAUAACCAGAUAACCACCCGUCGCCUUUGGCAGCUCCGAUAUAUUUGACGGCAACUAAAGUUAUUAUAUUUUCAUGGAAUGAUAUUUUCAACCUAAGCUAUUGUAAAUACCAUAAAUCGAGGGUUUACUGGUGAAACCCGAUAAAUCGAGAUAAUUUGUCCUUGAAAUGACAACAUUGUGGAAAUUACACUCGAUAGUUCGAAUUUCAAAAACCAGUCUGCUCGACUUAUCGGGUUUCACCAGUAAACCCUCGAAAUAGUUUCGUUCCAGUUAUUUAAUUAUGUCAAUUAAAACUUUUAUCAAGCCGAACUGUUUUGUACAUUGCAAGUUUUAUUUGUACAUAUGUACGAUAUAUUUGUAAAUAAAGAGGUUCGUUUUAAA